AUGAACCGGAGGAACAUCGGACUGGCGGCUAAAUGUUUGGCCAUCAUCCUCUUUACCUGUUUUUUCUCCACCAGGGAAUGUAAAAGCGGAGGAAGGCAGAUAAGGCAGAGAAAGCACAGUUUUCUUUUGAGCCAAUUGGUGGGAAAUACAAAACGGGGAGGUAAUACAUGCCCACGGGGGGGAGGAGGCCUUAUCAAUGGCGCCUCCCGCGCGAGGACGACGACACAGUGGCGGAAUAACCAUUUGAACUUCUCCCGAAGCGGAGGUGACCGCUGUACACACGGAAGCACUACUUCUUCGACUACCUCUAUGAUCGGGCCUACCACUAGCCUUACCACUUCGUCCAGCCCCCCCCUGUGGGCGCGAAAAAUCGACCAAAAGGAAAUCAAGCGGAGGAAAAACUACCAGUACGCAUUAAAGCACAAGUUUGAUAAGAACGGAAGACGAAUAAAAGACAUCAACAAGGAGAGAAAAUCUCUAAAAAAAAAGAAGUUAUUUGAUUACGAGGGCUUUAAGGUGGAUAAAAUCUUUACCUGCCUGAGUGAAGAGGACAUGCAGGAGUUGCGCGAGGAAGAGUUGAAACGAAAGUCAGGUGAAAUCCUUCACAACAAUAAAUAUAUUGAUACUUACGGGGUGGAGUCAGAGACGGACAUGGACGACCUGUGA